GCAAUCCCACUACGUGUGUAGAAGGCUCCUCGCGCAAGGGGAUCCGGAUAUCUCCCCCUCCACGUUUCAGGAGAACAGAUAAAGGGAUCCCGUGAAACAGAAACAACAACAACAACAACAGACAAAAACACAUAAAACAAGAUCUCCUCUGUAACAUAUCAACAUUAUUAUACUCGCCACCGACUUGCGCUUACACCGGAGAAGAGAUGAGUAUCGACACGCUUUUGGAAGCAGCCAGGUUUUUGGAAUGGCAAACCCAACAACAGAUAACACGUGAGGAGACCCAGCGGCGGGAGAAGCUGCAGGAGGCGGAGCAGAGGAGGGCGGAGUCGGCGGCUUUGGCGCAUCCUGUCCGAGUGAACCAUGUGACCUGGGGGGAGGAGUCUCCCAUGGAGCAUCAGCUAACCCCGCCUCCUGCGCUGCCUCCCCCAGUGCCAAUCACGGUCAUCCCCCUCACCCUGGCCACGCCCACUAACACCAUAGCCCUGCCCACUGUCACCCUGGCUCCGCCCACCGUCAAACUGUCCCCGCCCACUGCCCCCCACCUAAGUCCCGUCUCCCCGCAGCAGCAGCGCCCCCUAUUGGCCCAGGUGAAGGUGGAGCCUGGGUCCCCGCCACAGUCCGGCAGUCCCAGCAUGCACCUGCAGGCCCAGGCCCCGCAUCCGCUGCAGCAGGCUCCGCCCCUCAAGCCCUACCCAGGAACCAUCGUCUCCACCUCCCAGCAUGCACUGCCCACGCAGCCCGCCCCCCUGCUGCAGGGCCCGCCCCCGCAGCCGGCUCGCCCAAUCCCGCUCGACGACCCCCGUCACCCGGACAACAAGAGGAGACCAGGAGGGGCAGGAACGAGGGAGGUGCACAACAAGCUGGAGAAAAACAGACGGGCGCACCUGAAGGAGUGUUUUGAGACGCUGAAGAGGAACAUCCCCCACGUGGACGAGAAGAAGACCUCGAACCUGAGCGUGCUACGCAGCGCCCUGCGCUACAUACAGACGCUGAAGCGGAAGGAGAAGGAGUACGAGCACGAGAUGGAGCGCCUGGCGCGGGAGAAGAUCUCCACCCAGCAGCGAUUGGCUGAGCUGAAGCACGAGCUCAGCCAAUGGAUGGACGUGAUUGAGAUCGAGCGCGUCCUGCGGCAAACCCUGCAGCCCGAAGACGACCAGGCGUCAACGUCCACAGCCUCCGAGGGUGAGGAUAACUGUGAACAGGAUGUGGAUGAUGACCUGCUUCCUGCCGCGCCCGCCGCCGCGCUCCCGAAAGUGCCUCAGCCGCUGCAGCCCGAGAUCCGCCAGGCCCCGCCCAUGGCCACGCCCCUGACGACGCCCGUCAUCCUCCCUCAACACCUCCCCAUCCAGCACAAGCCCCUCCCGGCGCCCGCUCUGGCCCCGCCCGCCCCGGGCCCCGGCCCCGGCCCCGGCGUGCCGCCCAUGCUCCCGGCCCUGCAGCCCACGGUGAUCGCCCACGCGGCGCCGGCCUCCCACGCCUCCGUCAUCCAGGCCGUCAACCACGUCAUCCAGACCGCGCCCAAGCACCACGUCACCCACAUCGCCCCCUCCAACGGGCCGCAGCCCGUCGGCUGCAUCACCGUGCACCCCGUGGCCCACCUGCCCGCCCACCUGCCCGCCCUCUACUCCUCCCAGCCCGUGGCCGUCAGCCAAUCGGCUGUGGUCGGCCACAUCACGCACACGCUGAGCCACGCCCAGGUGAAUGGAUCCGCCCCCUCGGGGCCCCAGGUGGGCAAGCAGGCGCAGGUAGGGGCACAGGUGGUGACCCACCACCCGCAGCUGGUGGGACAGACCGUCCUGAACCCCGUCACCAUGGUGACCAUGCCCUCCUUCCCCGUCAGCACCCUGAAGUUGGCUUAA